GGUAGCCUAUUCCAGAAAGUGGGAUUCGCGAAAACUCUGAGUAUGUUAACCCUGAAAUGAGGGAAACUCUUGGUUUUCAGUUCCAGAAAGAGAGAUUUUGCACUCCCGCAGCAAGAUGGUGAAGAGCCUUCCUCCCCAAGUCUGACAGAUACAUUGUCCCUCUCGAGCAGUCUAAGCAGCGAAUCAAGUGAUGCUGGGUGUCAAAAGAUUCAACCUGUCAUGGACAGCCCCCGUGCAAAAAAUGCAGUGGAGCAGAUUCUCACUUCUAAGCCAGCAGGGAUGACUGUGAUCAAAGAGUAUGAAGAGACCGGGAGUUUGAAAGAUUCAGGCAGUUACAUUUUGGAACAUUUCUAUGACAUUCAGAGCAACAAAGGCUUUCUUGAGUGGCGUGUCAAGACUGUGCAACGCCAAUCCAGAACCACAUCUACAUCCCAUAACAGAGUGGCGCUAAAAGGAGGUCCCACAUCAUCAAGAACAUUUGGUUCCACAGAUGACCAGCAAACAGGAGAUGACUGUAUGGAGGCCAUGUCUCUUCUUCACCACACCACUGAUCGUGACUUAGUCUUCCAGAAGAUGAAAGAAACAUUCCAGUAUUGUCAACAGAUGCUCCCUGACCCACAGCAAUCUGCAGACAUACUUCAAAUGUUUCCUCGUUUCUUGGACACGAAGGGACUGAUUUUGCAGGACUUCUUGUUGAUGUUUGGUCCAGAGACUGCUUCCAGAUUCCUGGGAAAAUGGGACACCGGAUUUAAAGACAAGGUUAUCCGAGAGGCCAGGACCCUCAGAGAGACGUCUCUCCUGAAAAAAACUGCUGACAUCUGCCCUGAAUGAAGAAUCUGACACUGCCAAUAAGCCAGGUAAUAUUUCAACAGUCAUUCAUCAUUAGUACUUAAUUGUCAAAAAAUCUCAACAGUUUGCAGACAAAAAGGAACAUUUCUGAUAUUUCCCCAAAGACCUUUGCUCUGCCUUUGUAAUUAUAAAAUUAACAAAUUAAAAAUAACAAUGCAUUUAAAUAACACAUUGACAUUAUUUUUUACUACAAAAAGGAUGACUAAAUGUAAUUUCAGCUGGACUUCGACAUACAAUUUGACAAUCAUCUCUGGCAGUAUUAUCCAGGGUUCCCACAGUCAUGGAAAAGUCAUGGAAUAUUAAAAAGUAAUUUUCCAGGCCUUGAAAAGUCAUGGAAUCAAGUAAAAUCACCAAAUGUUUGGGAAAAGUCAAGGAAUUACAGUAAUCAUGGGCACUCAAGCUCCAUUUUUCAUAAAACUUCCUGCAGGACCUCUAAAACUUCUUCUAGUACCCCUAAAACUGUCUCCAGGUCCUCUAAACCUCCCUCAGGACCUCAAAUUUCCUCUCUAGGGGCCCUAAAACUUCCUCUAGGACCCCCUAGGACUUAAAAGCCUUCUCCAUGACCUCUAAAACUUCCUCUAGGACCCCUAAAAGUUUCUCCAGGUCCCCUAAAACUUCCUCCAGAACCCCUCAAUCUUCCUGUAUGACCUCUAAAACUUUCCCCAGGACCUCUAAAACCUUCUUAAAGUCAUGGAAAUUACACUUUGGGUUUUUAAAAAUUCAUGAAUAGGUUUUGAAAUUUUGUCUGUGAAAAUGUGUGGGAAUCCUGAUUAUCUAUAUCCUGUAUGCUGAGUAUCAUUUUGCAGCUCUUCACUGAAGCUCUAUGAUGUUUCUACUUUGUGAAAUAUUCAAACUGUUCAAACGCUGUACAACAUUGAUAUAGGCACAACAGAAGAAACUCCAAAAGUCAAAGAGCUGCGAGCAAAGCUGUUGAACAAGCAGUAAUUAGCUCAUACAAUGAAAAUGUUUCCUUUGUGCUUCAUCCUUCGAUACAGCUUUACUUUUGUUCAGGCACCUCAAACUAAUUCAUGGAAUGUACCCUGGGAAAAAUUUGACACUAAAAUGUGGUCAAGUAGGAUGUUGCUUGCAAUUCUCAAGUUAUUCUGGAUUUAGAAGACAUCUGAUUAAGAUACAUGCUCCUACUGAUAACACAUGUGUACCUCUUAAGACAUUUCAAAUCAUUUGAUGCGCAGAUGUCAGAUUCACAUUUUUAAGUUGUGUCAGAGGGUUGUAUUUAAUUUAUCACAUUGUUGACUUACUGUAAUCUAUAUGGAAUUGAGCCUUGCUUUUAUGUACAUGUUUAUGUACUUUAAUUACAGGUUUAAAGUCCUGCAGUACAGAUAUGUUUUUUUGUAAUCUUGUCAGAUGUCUGUGCAGUGCAUUUACAGUAUACAAUGUUUGCAUAUUCUGCAUUUUACUCUGAAGAUUUUAUGCACUACAGUACAUACUAGAGAUGUGGUGUUGACAUUGUUCUUUAGUUAUAUAUUUUUUCAUGAAAUAUCUACAUUUCUUUUUUAUUGACAUACAUUAUUUUUUGUCAUUUAUUUGACCACACAAUGUCCCAACUGUUUAGCUGCCGUUAAAGCAGUUUGUUUUAAAUGUUUUAAUUAGGGCUGCACAAAUGAUCAAAUUUUCAUCGAAAUUGCGAUAUGGUCUACUGCAUUGUUCAAAUCGCAGGAAGGAACAAUAUUUGAAUGUGUGUAAAAAUAGCAUUUUAAGAAAUAUUGUGCUGCAGACAUGUCCUGGCCUACACAUCAUAUUCUAGACUUAAUACGUUAUCUUUGUUUGGUACAGAUACCUACAAAAAUCACACACACACGUUUUUAAUUGAAAAUGAGAAUAAUGAUGAAAUUAUCAUUUUCUCUAUCACAAUGCAGUAGCAGUCAAAAUAAUUGCAAUUAGAUAUUUUUUCAUUAAUGUGC